GGGGGGGGCGGUCCUUCAGCGGACUGUUUUUAUUUAUUUCUUUGUUUCAUGUGCGUAAAACAACAACAAUGGUGGAUAAUUGAAGUGGGCGAAGGAACGCGAGGGACGAGACGGAUGACAUCUCCAGUUACAGCCACCAGACCGAGAUCUCACGGUAACCAACCGGGGGGAGGAUGAAGCGGCGCAAUGCGGACUGCAGCAAACUCCGACGCCCGUUGAAACGGAGCCGAAUCACCGAGGGUAUAUAUAGCAGUACGUUCCUGUACCUGAAGUUCCUGGUGGUGUGGGUGUUGGUUCUGCUGGCCGACUUUGUGCUGGAGUUCAGGUUUGAGUACCUGUGGCCCUUCUGGCUCUUCAUUCGAAGCGUCUACGACUCCUUCAGGUAUCAGGGACUGGCGUUCUCCGUUUUCUUCGUGUGUGUGGCGUUCACGUCGGACAUCAUCUGCCUCCUCUUCAUCCCCGUCCAGUGGCUGUUUUUCGCCGCCAGCACCUACGUUUGGGUCCAGUAUGUCUGGCACACAGAAAGAGGAGUCUGUCUACCCACUGUGUCGCUGUGGAUCUUGUUCGUGUACAUCGAAGCUGCCAUACGGUUCAAAGAUCUGAAGAACUUUCACGUGGACCUGUGUCGACCCUUCGCCGCUCACUGGCGAGUUUGCGUUUCUCUCCACCUCCCCAGCAUCGGCUACCCGGUGGUCACGCUGGGCUUCGGCUUCAAGAGCUACGUCAGCUACAAGAUGCGACUGAGGAAACAGAAGGAGGUGCAGAAGGAGAACGAGUUCUACAUGCAGCUUCUGCUGCAGGCUUUACCGCCGGAGCAACAGAUGCUGCAGAGGCAGGAGAGGGAGGCGGAGGAGGCUGCCUUGGCUAAAGGGAUCUCCGAGGUGGAACCCGCCGCCGCCGCCGCCGCUCCGUCCCAAAACGGAGCGCCUCCAGGAAAGAAAAGCCCCCCGGUCCCGCUACCGGAGCUGGAGUACCGGGAGAAGGGGAAAGACAGUAGUGCCGCGAAAGAGCGCGGCGAGGGCAAAAAACAACAACAACCCGCGGUCGGAAUCAAUAACAACAGUAUUGUACACGCGCUGGACUCCAAACUGCAGGAGGCAGAGUACAUAGAGAACUACGUCGGGGCGAAGAGACUGAAUAACGACCUGGUCGGGGAGAACGCGCACGCCGACGCCAACGCCAACGCCGCCUCCAAAGAGGAGACGGCCGGGGCGGGGAAGAACUACAAAAAUGCCAGCGGGGGCAACAUUUCCAACUCGUCCCCGCGGAACCACAGUUCCUCAAACGGCAGCGUCCUGCCGGGUUCCUCGACCGGCGGUAAGAACGAGAAGAAGCAGAAGGGGGCGGGGAAAGGGCAGAAGGACCCGGUAGAGAACUGCAUCCCCAACAACCAGCUGGGCAAGCCGGACGCUCUCGUACGGCUGGAGCAGGACGUGAAGCGCCUGAAGGCCGAUCUCCAGGCCAACCGGCAGUUGGAGUCGGAGCUGCGCAGUCAGCUCUCCUCGAUGAGCAGCCAGGACCGCAGCCUGCGCUCCGAACUGGGCCAGCUCCGCCAGGACAACGAGCUGCUGCAGAACAAGCUCCACAGCGCCGUCCAGUCCAAGCAGAAGGACAAGCAGACCAUCUCCCAGCUGGAGAAGAGGCUGAAGGCCGAGCAGGAGGCCCGCGCCCUCGCAGAGAAACAGCUGACCGACGAGCGGAAGAGGAAGAAGAUGGAAGACGCCACGGCCGCCCGAGCCGUGGCGUUGGCCACCGCCACCAGAGUGGAGUCGACUGACUCUCUGCGCGGUCGCAUCAGAGAGCUGGAGAACGAGUGCAAGAAGCUCAGCAUGGACUCGAAGCUGAAGGAGGAGCAGAUUCGGGAUCUGGAGGGCAAGUGUCAGGAGCUGCGGAAGUACAAAGAGAAUGAGAAGGACACGGAGGUGUUGAUGUCGGCGCUGUCGGCCAUGCAGGAGAAGACCCAGCACCUGGAGAACAGCCUGAGCGCCGAGACCCGGAUCAAGCUGGACCUCUUCUCGGCACUCGGCGACGCCAAGAGGCAGCUGGAGAUAGCGCAAGGCCAGAUCCACCAGAGGGAGCAGGAGAUCGCGGAGCUGAAGCAGAAGAUAGCGGAGGUGAUGGCGGUGAUGCCCAGCCUGUCCUACUCCUCGGACGGCGGCAGCCUCGGCGCCGGCGUCCCGCACUACUCCUCCAAGUUCAUGGACAACAGUCCCUCCUCCCUGGACCCCAACGCCUCGGUCUACCAGCCCCUCAAAAAGUGACUCGGACAGAAACACUUUUUCUUUUUUCUUUUUUCUUUUUUCCGAGUCGACGGUUCUUUUGCAUUCUGAUGUACCGCAGACCCCCCCCCCCCCCAAUACAUGUGUGUUUUUGUUUUAUUAUGAGAACUAAUGUUUUGAGAGGGUUGUGUACAAUCGUGACUUUGUUGUUGUUUACUUUUGGGAUUGAGCCAUUAGACAGGGUGCUCUGUUUGAAGAAAGGUACACCGCAACUCGUUGGUCAAAUGUUGUGCAUCGUCUUCUUUUGAUCAUUUAUUUGUAUUAAUAUAUUUUAAACGAUAGGCUUUUCAUGAUGGGUUAUAUGAAAGACUGGUAAGGAAACAUGAAUGUAAAAACUAUUCAUGUUUUUUUUUUCUGUACCGUUUUAUUUAAAUCCGUGGUGUUUUUGUUUGUUUUUCGACAGUGUACGUGUCUUCUGAACUUUUUUUUUUUUUAAUUUGAGCGGAUAAAAAAAACGUUUGCUCCAGCACGAGUCUCAUCCUCCGAGGAUCGCCUGAUGAAGCGGAUGUUCUUUCCUAGAUUUGACCAGGCACUGCCAAAAUGUUAACGUUCACCUUUUUGUUUGAUUUAUUUAUUUUGUUCCUCUCCCUCUGGACCAAAUUUAGACCCAUUAGGUUACAUGUUGCUCACCGGAUUCAAUGAUGUCGAGGUAACUGGUUUCGUUACCGUUAUUUUAAAAGAUUUUUACAGUGCCUUGCCGUUUUUCUCUUUUCUCACAUUCAGAAACCGCAUCCACGCCGUCUCUCGCUCUCCGAGUCGUUUCUCAUUUGAGAUUUCUCGCACUUCGAUCAUUUUCUUUUCUUUUUUUCUUUCUUCAAUUCAGUAUUCAAGAAGCCCGAAACUUUGAGUGGAUCAUAGUGUUACCUAAAAAGGUGUGUUUAAAAAAAAAAAAAAAAGAGUCUCGGUAACGCCAACCACACUGAUUGUCUGCUAUCGUGCCCCGGAGUCGGCAUUUAGUUGUUUACAACCAUGUACAUUAACCGAGGAAUGUUGUUUUUAUUUGUUUAUUUCCGUUCUUAAGUGCCAAGUGUUUAUGUUCGGUUGCCCAUCCAGACCUCGAUCGAUGUAGCUAGCACUUUUUUUUAAAUUUUUUUAUUUAUUUUGUGUGUCGUUGUUAUUUAUAUAUAUUUUUGUUGUUGUUGUCAUUAGAACAUAAUCAGAUGGUGUUGUGUUUACAAGGUUCUGGGCUGAUCAUGGCGAGGCAGCAGAUGUUUUUAUUGAGUGGAGUGGCACGUCCUUUGAUAUACUUCCCAUCAUAUUCUGUUGAUUUUCUACCAGGUAGGAUUCUGUGAAUGUGAUGGGGGGAGGGAGGAAAUACCCCCCCCUCCCCUAAAAAAAAAAAAAGUAUUAUUUGUGGUGGAUCGCUCUGGUGUCGUGAAUUCAGUUCUGAAGUUGCAUUUUUAUAAGUUUUGUGUAAAAGGACGAGAGGGAAGUUUACAAAAAAAAAAGGGGAGGGAUGAAGAAGAAAAAAGUGCUUUGUUUUGAUCUUUUUCAUUGUUCCGCCAUGUUUGUUUUUCUUUACUCAAAGUGAUGGUGGCUGUGUCACUCUUUUUUUUUUUCCACUCCAUCACUAUUAAAGAAAGUCUUGCUGGUGGCAAUGCAAGCUGUUCAGUGUG